AUGACACAAAUUACUCGAGUCAAGCAACAGUUGGAUGAUGCUUUUACCAUCGAAGACUUGGGCGAACUGACUUAUUUUUUGGGCAUAGAGGUGCACAAGAAUAAAAAUGGUGAGUUGCUAAGUGAUCCCGAAGUUUAUAGGAGGUUAGUGGGAAGGUUGUUGUAUCUUGGAAUUACCCAUCCUGAUCUUUCUUAUGAAACUCAGCAUCUUAGUCAGUUUUUGCAUCAACCACGAGUACCACACCUCAGAGCUGCUCUGCAUGUUUUGAACAGUAGAUUUUUGAGUUAUGCUGUAUUUCUUGGAGAUAGUCUUGUAUCUUGGAAAACAAAAAAGCAAGCAACAGUAAGCAAAUCUUCCGCUGAAGCAGAGUAUAGAAGCAUGCCCUUUGCUGCUAGUGAGUUAGUUUGGGUAGAAGGAUUAUUGCAACUUCAGGUGCCUCUGCCCAUCACUAUUUAUUGCGACAACAAGUCUGCAGAACAUAUGGCUCACAAUCCUGUGUUUCACAACAAGACUAAACAUUUGAAGAGAGACAUACAUUAUAUAAGGGAGCAGGUUGAAUUGGGAUUUAUUUCAAAUGAUCAUAUGUUCCAAGUCAUGCUCAACAUGCAGAUUUAUUUACCAAAGCUCUUACUUCAGCUCAGCAUCAGGGAUUAUGUUCCAAGCUUGGUCUGA